AUGAGGAAUUCGAGGAGCAAAAGAGAUCCUAACAAGUAUUGGAAAUUCCAUAAGGAUAUUAGGCAUACGACCGAUGAAUGUCGCCAAUUGAAUGAUGAGAUAGAAAGUCUCAUCACUCGAGGCCAUUUUAAACAAUACGUGAAAAGACAGGGCCAUGGAUACAACCAGCCCAGUAUGCCCAAUAACCCAAACAACCAAGGGUUACAACCUCUUCCUGUUGAAGGAGAGGACAUCUUGGUUAUUUUGGGAGGGCCACAUAUCGCAAGGGAAAGAAAUAACGCCCAGAAAAGAUAUGUGAAAGAGAUAAAGAACGAGCAGUUGACAUUUUCCCUAGAACCUUUCAAGAAGGUGAAAACCGAAGAACCUCCCAUUAUUUUCACGAUGGAAGACGAGAAAAACGUGAGGUAUCCCCAUGUCGAUCCAUUAGUGAUUACCGUUCCACUCUCCAAUAAAAGGAUCAAGAGGGUGUUAACAGACAAUGGGAGCUCGGUAAAUAUUCUUUAUAAGGAGACUCUAUGGAAAAUGGGGCUCAAAAAGGCCAAAUUAAGGCCUUGUAUGUUGAAUCUUUGCGGAUUCAUCGGAGACAGCAUUUCCAAUCUUGGCAUAAUCAAGUUCGCAUUAACCUUAGGCGAGGCACCCCUAUCUGCUACAGUUAUGCAAGACUUCUUAGUUGUCAACCAGCCAUUAGCUUAUAACAUAUUGUUGGGUCGUCCAGCACUGAUCAGACUAGGGGCAGUCAGUUCGAUCAAACACCUAUCCAUGAAAUUCCAAACACUAGAAGGUGUGGGAGUGGUGCGUGGCCACCAGAUGUUGGCUCACGAUUGUUUUCGCAUAGAGUUGCAGCAUAGGAAAGCCGGUCAUCAGUUGAUGGCGAUCUUGGCAAAAGAAAAUGAAAAGAAAAAUGAAGAUCUCGACCCCCGAGUUCAAGAUGAGAAAAACCUAUUGAAAUCAAUUGAGGAAUUGGAAGAGGUUAUUCUAGACCCAAGAAGUCCCAUAAAGUGUGUAUACAUUGGGAAGAACCUGGAUGAGCAUCUCAAAUAG